AUGGACAAAAAAGAUUAUUCAGCAAAAGUAGAAAAAAUGCUCAAAGGUCCGUAUAGAGUUAAGAGAUCGGAUCCAUUAACCACAUUCGUAAACGAUGUAAAAGACACUUUAAAAGCAUGUCCAAAGUUGAUUAACAACCAACUAAAAUUUCAAUUGCAGUGUUCGAACCCUGUAACACCUCGUCUAUAUUGUUUACCAAAAAUACAGAAACAAGAUGGAUCCAUGCGACCCAUAGUUUCAGGUAUAAACUCUCCAACAUACAAAAUUGCAAAAUGGCUAGUAAACAAAUUUCAAACAUUAAAUAACGAAUCAGAUUCGUCUUCCGUCAAAAAUAGUAUUGAUUUAAUUAACAAAAUAAAGGAUACGGAAUUGGCACCAAGUGCAAUUAUAAUGUCAUUUGAUGUCAAAGCUUUGUAUCCCAGUGUGUCAAUACCAGAAGCAAUGAAGGCGUUGGAAAAAUGA